GGUCCCGGUGCCGCCCCCGGUGCCGCCGCUCUGCGCCCCCCGCCAUGGGCUCCCUGCUCAGCCGCCGCAUCGCGGGCGUGGAGGACAUCGACAUCCAGGCCAACUCGGCCUAUCGCUACCCGCCCAAGUCCGGAAACUACUUUGCAAGUCACUUCUUUAUGGGAGGGGAGAAGUUUGACACCCCUCACCCCGAGGGCUACCUUUUUGGGGAGAACAUGGAUCUGAACUUCCUCGGGAAUAGACCUGUUCAGUUUCCCUACGUAACUCCAGCUCCACACGAGCCAGUGAAGACGCUGAGGAGUUUGGUGAAUAUCCGCAAAGACUCUCUCCGGCUUGUGAGGUAUAAAGAUGAUGUUGACAGUCCUAUGGAGGAGAAUGGGAAGCAGAAGGUGCUGUACAGCCUGGAGUUCACCUUCGACGCAGAUGCCCGUGUUGCCAUCACAAUCUACUGCCAGGCCACGGAGGAGUUUGUUGGGGGCAUGGCAGUAUACAGCACAAAGAAUCCCUCUCUGCAGUCGGAGACGGUUCAUUACAAGAGAGGGGUAAGCCAGCAAUUCUCCCUGCCUUCCUUCAAGAUUGACUUCUCAGAGUGGAAGGAUGAUGAGCUGAACUUUGACCUGGAUCGUGGGGUGUUCCCUGUGGUCAUCCGAGCAGUGGUGGAUGAAGGGGAUGUGGUAGUUGAGGUCACUGGUCACGCCCAUGUUCUCCUGGCUGCGUUUGAAAAGCACGUCGACGGCAGCUUUUCUGUGAAGCCCUUAAAACAGAAGCAGAUCGUUGACCGGGUGAGCUACCUGCUCCAGGAGAUCUACGGCAUCGAGAACAAAAACAACCAGGAGACCAAGCCCUCAGACGACGAGAACAGCGACAACAGCAACGAGUGUGUGGUUUGCCUGUCGGACCUGCGGGACACCCUCAUCCUGCCCUGCAGACACCUCUGCCUGUGCAACUCCUGUGCUGACACCCUGCGCUACCAGGCCAACAACUGCCCCAUCUGCAGGCUCCCCUUCCGUGCCCUGCUGCAGAUCCGGGCGGUGAGGAAGAAGCCGGGGGCUCUGUCGCCGGUGUCGUUCAGCCCCGUCUUGGCACAGAGCGUUGACCAUGACGAGCACUCUCGUCCCUUUAAGCCCCUUAAGGUGAGCUCUGUGUCCCUGCCCAGCAGGAAGCCUAGGAGGGGAGUGAGAACAAGCUCUGACAACAUCCCUCCAGGCUACGAGCCCAUUUCCUUGCUGGAGGCGCUGAACGGGCUCCGCUCCGUUUCCCCCUCCAUCCCCUCUGCUCCUCUGUACGAUGAAAUCAGCUACUCCGGGGUGGUGGAUGGGAUCCCUCCCACCAGCCGCCCGCUCGUGGCCAUGGACAGAGCCCUGGAGAGCGGCCACCAGAAGGGCAAGCGCAGCAAGUCUCCAGACAGCACACUACGGUCCCCCUCGUCCCCGAUCCACGAGGAGGAUGAGGAGAAGCUCUCCGAGGACUCCGACUCGCAGCCGGCGCUGAGCGGGGGUGAGCUGGUCCUGAGGGAGACCAGCUCUCCAGAGAGCGUGGCAGGGGAAGAGAUGGAGGAGGCCUCGCCUGUGCAGCAGGGUGGUGGCCGCCCACCCUCGGUGGAGGACGUGCUGCAGGACGGCGGCUGCGGCGAGAGCCGGAGUCUGACACGGUCCGAGAGCGACCCCCCGGUGGACGUGUUCCUGCCAGGCUCAUCCGACUACACCAAGACGCUCCCCGUCCGCGGCACCGGCAGCCCCGUGCAGCCCCUUCUCUUCGAGCAGACCCGUCUGCACCUGGAGGACGAGCAGAGCCUCCCGUGAGCGGGGCCGGGCCCUGCCGGAGCUGCCCGGCCCUGCCCGCGCCCCCGGACACGAUCCCGGCACAGCCCGUGCAUGUUCCCUGGCGGUGGGUCGGGGCUGGGGCCGUGUUUCCCGUGGGCGGUGUCCGUGGGGCCGGGCGGGGCGUUGGGUUCCGACGGGCAGAGAUGAAGGACGGACACUACCGAUGUAUAUUUUGUACACAGCGAGCACAGCCCUUUGCUGUCACUGCCCCUGUACAGACAGAGCCGUGGCCUCCCCGCCGUGCCGGGCCGCGGGCAGCGGGGGCCGCGGAGUCACUCCCGGCCCGUCCCGCAGGGCCCGGCGCUGCCCACGCCGUGUGCCUUGUUCUGCUUCUGCGGGGGGGUCCGGGGCGCGUCCCCCCCACCUCCCGUCUAUGUUUGUAGGAAUAAACACGUGGAGCAGCCCC